UCUCAUAGUAAUUAUUAAAUAAAAAUGUAAUUAAAUUAAAAUGUAGUCACCUCCUUCACCAUUACUGCCCUUAGCAAUUCUCUUCUAUAAAAGUCAAAAGCGCUACAAUACUUCAUCAACUCGCAAUGGAGAAGCUAAAGCCAAACCCGGCAAACUCAUCCCAUCUAACUCCGCUCGGUUACCUCGAAAGAGCAGCUAUCGUCUACGGCGACUGCCCUUCUGUAGUAUACAACCGCACCACUUAUACGUGGUCAGAGACGAACACCCGUUGUCUCCGUGUGGCUUCCUCCAUCGCAACAUGGCUCGGAGUCAAGCGAGGUGAAGUCGUAUCCGUCAUAUCUCCCAACGUUCCAGCCAUGUACGAGCUCCACUUCGCAGUCCCCAUGGCCGGCGCCGUUCUCAACACCAUCAACACCCGCCUUGACGCUCGCAUCGUCUCCGUCAUGCUCCUUCAUUCCGAAUCCAAGCUUGUCUUCGUUGACCAACACUCCGUUGAUCUAAUCCUCGAUGCCAUCUCCAGGUUCCCACUAAACACUCCAAUUCCCCGCCUCGUUCUAAUCCGUGAUCAGUACGAGGUCCCUUCUUCGUCAUCUUCGUCUUUAAACCUCAUCGAUAGCUUCCAUUGUGAGUAUGAGGAUCUAGUAGAGAGUGGGAAUCCUGAAUUUCAGUGGUUAAAGCCCGCAAACGAAUGGGAUCCCGUGGUGCUAAACUAUACCUCUGGAACGACUUCGGCUCCAAAGGGAGUUGUUCACUGCCACAGAGCUAUUUUCAUGGUCACACAUGACUCACUUCUCGAAUGGAGUGUGCCCAAACAGCCGGUGUUCUUAUGGGCACUGCCUAUGUUUCACGCUAACGGUUGGUGUUACACGUGGGGGACAGCGGCAAUCGGGGCAACAAACAUAUGCCUCCGGAAAUUCGAUGGCGCCACCAUCUUCGACCUCAUCCGACGGCACGGUGUGACUCACAUGGGUGGAGCGCCGGUGGUGCUCAACAUGUUAUCAAACACUCCAAACGUUGAAACUCUGAAGAACCCAGUUCAAAUCCUAACUGCAGGGGCUCCGCCUCCUGCUGCGGUACUCGAACGAACUGAGGCGCUCGGUUUCAUAGUCAGUCACGCGUACGGGUUGACUGAGGUUGCCGGACUCGUCGUGUCUUGCGCUUGGAAAAAGAAAUGGAAUCAACUGCCAGCGACAGAGCGAGCACGCCUUAAGGCGCGGCAAGGAGUGAAGACAGGGGCAAUGACUGAAAUUGAUGUUAUUGAUCGAAAUUCAGGAGAAAGUGUGAAGAGAGAUGGUUUAACAAUGGGAGAAAUAGUGCUGAGAGGUAGUUGCGUCAUGCUGGGUUACCUUAAAGAUUCAAUGGCCACAGCGAAAGCUUUGAGCGACGACGGGUGGUUUGACACAGGCGAUGUGGGAGUCAUGCACCCCGACGGGUAUUUGGAGAUCAAGGACAGGUCCAAGGACGUGAUCAUAAGUGGAGGAGAGAACGUAAGCAGCGUGGAGGUAGAGUCGAUUCUUUACGACCACCCGGCGGUGGACGAGGCAGCGGUGGUAGCUUGGCCCGAUGAUUUCUGGGGCGAAACACCGUGUGCUUUUAUAGCAUUGAAGAAAGAGACGAGGGUGAGACCGAAUAAGAAGGAGAUAGUGGAGUAUUGUAGAGAGAAGCUGCCUCAUUACAUGGUGCCCAAAGUUGUGGUCUUCAGAGACGAACUUCCCAAGACUUCAACUGGGAAAAUUCAGAAAUUUCUUCUCAAAGAUAUUGCCAAAACCAUGAGAUCUCCGCCUGGGCCAGUGGCUUUGCUUAGGAUCUAGGUAGCUGAAUGCAAUUAAUAUCUAUAUUUAUGAUAGGUUUUGUACGUCUAAAAGUAUUUCCCUAAUAUGGACCUUCUUAAAUCUUAUAUUGCCAAAAAUGUUCAUGCAAUAAAAAGUAAAUGAUGUGCAUGUCAUUCCAAAAAAGAAA